AUGGCUCACCAACUCCGCUUCGCCUGCCGGCUAUUGGUCUGCUGGGUGGUGGUAACCGUGGCAGAAGGACAAAAAGCAGUAGCCACCCCUCUUAGAGGUUCACAAGAUGAUGGAGGCCCUACAGACUGCGAGAUCUUUACACUCACCCCUCCACCCACCAUAAGGAACCCGGUGACGAGGAUUCAGCUCAUCCCAAGGACACCCAAGUGUCCCUUUCACUUUUUUCCACAAGGGCCUAGAGUCCACAUUAGGUUUCCAAACAGACCUUUCCUUCCUCGGAAGUGCAAUCGUCGUUUUCAGUUUCGUCCGUUCUUUUGGCCACACAGUUGCCUCACUCCUCAUUACAGAUACUUCCCCAGAAGAAAACUGUGGAGAGGAAGCUCCUCUGAAGAAAGCAGAGAGAAAAGAGAAGCCCCAAACAUGCUGAUGCAAAAGAGGCCAAUACCUCCGAAAAGAGAUUAA